AUGGUUCGGUGGCGGUACUGUCUUGUGCUUGCCGUACUGUUACUGUUACCGACAAGAACUGGUUCAAAAUUAGAGGACGAAGAUGAGGAGGAGAGAAAUGAAGAGGAAGAAGAAGAGGAGGAUGAAGAUGACGAUGAAGAAGAACCUUCAGGAGAGAAACACGAACAUAAUACAGGGAGACGAGCGCCCGCGAUACUACCACAGACUACUAAGAUCAUCUCUGUAACAAGGACUUCUAAAAGACGUCCUCUAGAAUGUUAUGUGUGUGCAUUCAAAUCCGAUGCACCGCUGAAAGCUUGUCUGGAUCCAACCAAGUACAGGGUACACACUAUAAACUGUCACAGUGUGGAUGAUAAAUGUUUUACAUCAGUGAUAUCCAAAGGCAGUUCGUAUGAGGCUGUGGUUCGUGGUUGUCGCUCGGGCUGUAUCGGGUCACCAGAUACUACGUGCUGUGAGUUGAAUCGUUGCAAUAACCAGGCGUUUGCGAUGCCGACGGUGGUAGCGCCCCGUACUCUUGUUCAAGAGAACAAAACUUCGAAGUCUUUUCCAUCGUCCGUGUUGUUUUUUGUAACCAUAUUAUUGGUGCUUCAAACUGUGGUUAAAGUAGCUUUCGUUUAA